CCAUCAGCACCACCCACCCCACCACCAAGUCCACCACCAAGUCCACCACCACGAUCACCAGCAGGACCAAGUCCUCCUCCACGAUCACCACCCCCACCCCCACCGCCACCACCGCCACCUCCACCAUCACCAACACCGCCACCUCCAACAUCGCCACCACCAACAACUCCACCACCACCGCCACCUCCAGCACCAGCACCACCACCAUCACCAGCAGGACCAAGUCCACCGCCAGCUCACCAGCAUGGGCAUCAUUGCCAACAGUACCAAAGUCCUCCACGAUCACCACCCCCACCACCCCCGCCACCACCGCCACCACCACCAGCUCCACCACCACCACCGCCACCUCCACCACCACCACCACCACCAUCACCAGCAGGACCAAGUCCACCGCCAGCUCAGCAGCAUGGGCAUCAUUGCCAACGGUACCGAAGUCCUCCACGAUCACCACCCCCGCCACCCCCGCCACCCCCGCCACCCCCGCCACCACCUCCACCAACUCCACCAGCUCCACCAACACCAGCUCCACCACCAAGUCCACCAUCACCACACCGCGUCGGGCACCAUCGCCAACACUCCUGGAGUCCAUCACCACCGCCGCCGCCACCGGGACCGUGCACACCAUCGCCACAGCAGCCCGCGCACCGGCACCAAGAGCACCGAGCCCCGGCCGCCCCGAGACGCCGGCGCACGCUUCGCAGAGGCGCCUUCACGCCUUCUCGCCGCCGCCUGGGCCGCCUGGCGCCGCCCUGCCCCGACGUGCCGCCGGUCGGCAGCUCUGCGCUGCCGCAGGCGCCAGCAGCGGCCGCCCCAGCCCCAGCCGCAGCCCCAGCGCCAGCCCCAGCCCCAGCCCCAGCGCCAGGCCCAGCCCCGCCAGCACGACGCCGCUGUGCGGCUCCGCAGGCCCGACCGCCCGCCGCCCGCCUCUGGGGGGCGCUCUGGCCGCCGUGCCGCUCCCCCGGCCCUCGGCUGCCGGCCGGGCAUUCCCCGCCCCGCGAGACACGCUGCCCUCCGGCGACCCGCUCGCCCGGGCCCUUCUCCGCGGAGUGCCCGGCGAGGCCACAUCCCGCACCCACAGAGGACCCGACCCAGCCGCCGCCCACCCCGUCCCCCGCGCCCAUCCAGCACCGGGCAGCGUCGCGUCGCCGAGGAGCCCGUUGCGGCCAGUCACUCGUCAGGCGCCGGGGGCACGACAGGAGGCCCUGGCUGGGCCGUGGUGACCCCGCACGCGCGCGCGCGCGCGCCCGGGGUCACGAGGAAGGCAAAGGGGUGGGGGCGCUCGACGGUGGGCAAGCCGGGCACCCGUCGUCGCCCCGCGCUUCUCGCCGGACGCGCGAGGGAGGAGAAGGGCCCUGGGGGCAAGCGUUUGGACAGAGCGGCGGUGGCGCCGGCGACCAAAAAGGGCGUCUUGCCUCCCCGUCGGGGAAUCGAACCCCGGUCUCCCGCGUGACAGGCGGGGAUACUCACCACUAUACUAACGAGGACGGCGGCGGCGGCCACCCGGGCGCCCGACCCCUCUCCGCCUGCCCGCCCACGCCUACCCCUGCCCUCGACGCCCUGCCUUACGCAGGCGCCCGCCACGUGCCACACCCGACCGGACCCCAAACCAACCGCGCCAGCCCGCACAGCAGCCCUCCCAGCCCGACUCGGAGUGGACCCCAGGCCCGGGCCCCGGACCCGGACGGCGCGGAACACUCCGAGUGCGCCGGCGCCUAG